UGCGACUGUGCCACGGCUGCGGGCCGCGGCUCCCGGGCGAGGCGCCCGCAGCGCGCAUGCGGCGCGGAGAUGGAGCCGCUGGCACCAAUGAGAUUAUAUACACUGUCCAAACGGCAUUUUGUCCUGGUCUUUGUAGUAUUCUUUGUUUGUUUUGGUUUGACAGUCUUCAUAGGAAUAGCAGGUCCUAAUGUCAUUGAAACUUCCGUAGCAAGAACUGACUUAAAUAACAGCCUAAAGCUGAAGCCAUUUAAUUUAAGUUCACCACCACUGUCUACUUACAAUCAGCAGCUGUGGUUGACCUGUGUAGUUGAGCUGGAUCAGCACGAUGUAUCCUUCAAAAAGAAUGUUACUAUGACAGUCAAAGUGCUUGGAGUGGUAAAGGAUGGAAGCACACCCUAUGUUAAUAAUCAGGUUCACAACCGGACAAGAUUACUCAACUGUGCACAAAAAUGUACUGAAAUCAUUGUUGCUCACCUUGGAUACCUGAAUUAUACUCAGUACAACAUAUUUGUUAACCUUGAAGAUCUAAAUAAGUUAACUUAUACUAUCCAGAAUAUUACUUUCACAUGGAAGACCUACAAUCCAAAUUUUUCGCAAGUGGAAAUCUGGUUCAGAUUUGUCUUUGUAGUUCUUACUUUCAUGGUCACGUGUCUGUUUGCACAUUCUCUACGAAAAUUUUCCAUGAGAGACUGGGGUAUUGAACAGAAGUGGAUGUCCAUCCUUCUUCCCUUGCUGCUACUUUACAAUGAUCCAUUUUUCCCCCUUUCUUUUUUGGUGAACAGUUGGUUUCCUGGAAUGCUGGAUGAUCUAUUCCAAUCACUGUUCCUGUGUGCAUUGUUGCUGUUCUGGCUUUGUGUGUACCAUGGUAUAAGAGUGCAGGGGGAAAGGAAGUGCUUGACUUUCUAUCUGCCCAAAUUCUUUAUUGUUGGGCUAUUGUGGCUGGCCUCUGUUACAUUAGGAAUAUGGCAAACUGUUAAUGAAGUACAUGAUCCUACAUACCAAUACAGGGUUGACACAGGUAAUUUCCAGGGAAUGAAAGUCUUCUUCCUUGUGGUGGCAACCACAUACAUUCUCUACCUUUUGUUCCUGAUAGUGAGGGCAUAUUCAGAACUUCGUAACAUGCCUUAUGUGGAUCUCAGGUUAAAGUUCCUGACUGCAUUGACCUUUGUAGUGCUUGUCAUUAGCAUUGUUAUACUCUAUCUACGCUUUGGAGCACAAGUUCUACAGGACAACUUUGCUGAACUGUCGACUCAUUAUCAGAAUUCAGCAGAAUUCUUAUCAUUUUAUGGUUUAUUGAACUUUUAUCUCUACACAUUAGCCUUCGUGUAUUCCCCCUCAAAGAAUGCGCUAUAUGAAUCACAAUUGAAAGACAAUCCUGCUUUUUCUAUGCUGAAUGAUUCAGAUGAUGAUGUGAUUUAUGGGAGUGACUAUGAAGAGAUGCCACUUCAGAAUGGCCAAGCUAUUAGAGCCAAGUAUAAAGAAGAAUCAGACAGUGAUUGAUUGAUUAAAUGUGGACAGACUUGCUCAGCUGGGAUCAAAGCAACUUUUUAAGUUUUCCAGGAUGGACCAUUUUCUUGACUUUCUUACAGCCUGUUGUCUUCAUCUGAACGCUGUCUCCCAGGAAUGACAUCCCACUUCUAUUUCUGUUUACAAAGUUAAAACUGAAGAAAAGAAUGCUUGAAAAGGUUGUAGUGGAAACUUAAAGAAACCAAAUUAUUUUUACAAGUCUUAUAAAGUGUUUGAUAGCAGGAUGUCUGUGGACUAAAAUCUUUAAACUUAUUUCCAUUUAGAAGUGUCAAUGAUUAUAUGUUGAUUUUUAAAAUUGCUUCCUUGCUCUGUAUGUGUUUGUGUAUGGACUUCUCUUGGGGUUUUUGUUUCUGUUUUUUAAUGAUUACAUACAUCAUAUUGUCUUUAAUCUCUUGCACUUUUGCUAGGCCCCUUUGAGUAUUGUCUGUGGCUGUACUAAGUGCCUCUUUUCCUUUCCCUUUUCUAACUUACUUACACUGGAUGCAAGGAAUAAUAUGUUUAGUUUUUUUUAUUGUUGUUACUACUAUUAUUUUUUUAGAAGUGCAAGAAAACACAAGCUUUUUGUUUCUCCUUUGAAGAGGCAAUAUUGAUUUAAAACUUUUGAGUUAAUUUAAAUGUUUGUCAGAUGUGUUGUAAGUGCAAGAUAUGUGCAAAUAGUCAAGUUCUACUGAGCCAAAAUACAGACUCACCAAUGCGAAAUAAUUUGUGUAAUAUAGGUUUGACAUGCUUUACCACCACAACAAAGCAUUUUCCCUCUUCCCUGCCCCCCAACAACCUUUUCAAAUAAACUAUCCAGGCAACAGCAAAUCUCAGAAGGAAGCACAGCACUAUUCAGACUGAUUUUACUGUAUCCUGGAGAAGAUUAUUACACUUGCAGAGAAUACAGUAUAAAGUUUCAUAGAGAAGUACAGUUGCAUAUUUCUUAACAUUUCAUUUUUAGAGGCUUUUUCUACAUCAUGAUUUUCCGUGUAGUUUUGAGUGUUAACAGGGCAGUUAAUCUAUGUUCUAGAAACAAUCACGGCUACUCAUGUGUUGAACUUGCGUAAGAUUUAGCUUUUGAGCAUGUUCUGUGCAUACUUCAACUGUUUUUUCCUUAGGCAUACCACAAUUGCUACCUGUACAGGUAGGUGUUUUUAGUAGCACAUUUUGCGAUUAUCUGUAUUCCAGUCUGUGCUGGGACAGAGUUAUAUGGGAAUUCAGUAUUCCUACUACAGUGCUGCUGCUCCUCUAUUUCAAAAAUGUUUUCUUUCCUAGUCUCCUACAUCACCAUUCAAUUCUAUAUUUAAGUGAAUGCUGUUCAUUUCUGCUUACUUUGUAUACUUUGGCUUGACCUGUCUGAAAGUCUCUUUUUUCAUGGGUUUAUAAUUGCUAUAUACUCUUGUAAAAUUUCUCUGCCUUGCUGCUAUAUAGAUUUUAAAAUCAAUGACAGUGAUAUGAAGAAGCAAUGGCAAAAGCAGUAGACAGUGAUACUGGCUUACACUAGGGAAUUCUACUCAUAAUUGAACUGGUUUAAACAUAAGAGUGUAAUGAAGUCCUACUAGAUUUGCUGGAUCAUACUAGGGGAAAAAAGUAUAAUUUGUUCUGCAUUUAAGCUAUGCUUGUUCUAGACAACUCCAGAUAUUGCAACUGAAGUUGUGUAUACUGUAUUGGUACCUAUUCAAGAUCAUCUAGGGGAGACUUCACGGGAGUUCAGUUUGCUUACAGAGGCCCAAAGGAACUUCUUCAUGGAGUUGCAUCCUUACUGUCAUAAACACAAUUCAGAUUAAGUCAGUGUUCUGUUGAAGAUGAGUGUGGUAAGAUACUGUGUGUAUAUGUGAAAGCUUUCUGAAAUUAUGCAGAGCUGUGAAAUUUUUCAAGGAUGCUUGGGAGAUAAAAGUUAAGUACCAAGAGUCAUUUACUUGAUAAAGCCAAAGUGCUAUCAUAUGGAUUAAGUAAAGGAGAUUACUGCAAAGAAAAAGAAGGCUUUUUUCCUUUAAUUUCUGUAUUAGUAGAUAUUAGAUUAGAACAACACAUAGGAAAAAAUUAAAGAGGUGUUUCAGGUUGUCAAGUGAGGUUGUUUUUUGGUGAACUGUGAUAAGCUGUACCCCUAUCAUUUCCUGUUAGACUUUUUAUUUUUUUAAUAAAUAUGAGGGAUGAUCUAUUUAUCCUAAAAGAGGAGAACCCAUUUUCAUUUUUAUUAUUCCCCAGAUGAUUGCCUUAGGACAUAGAGUUCUUUGAAUUUGAAGUCAGCCUUGGAAGCCAACUGGAUGGCCUUCAUGUACUCUAAAUCCCUUUGACUUCCAUUGGAGUAACAGUAGGUACAGGAAUUAGGUUUUCAGAAAUGAAGAUCUACGUGAUCCUGACAUAUUCAGAUCUCUUUGGCUCUAUUCUAAAUUGUUUUGAAUUGAUAAAAUGUUUGAUUUGACAAAUGCACAAAGUACUACUAAUGUUUCUUACCAUAGACUGGGCUAGCUGUUACAAUUAACCUGAAAAUACAGGGUCAUGUUUUCGAUUUCAUCAACAAAAGAAAACAUUUUUAAUUUAACCUUGAGAUGAUGAUCUUUUUUUCUAAGCUGUUCUCAGGCCAUUUUGUUUACCAUUUUGUCUACAUUAACUUUUCUACAUCACUGCAUUCAAAAUGGAAAUAGAAUUGGUGAAAAAGGGAAAUACACGUUUCAAAAAAGUAUCUCACCACAAAAAUAUUAAUAUUCUUUUUUUUUAAAGAUAUUUAAUGAAUUUUGCUCAUGCAAAUAGUUUUGUACUUCAGAAAUGUUAGAGCAUGGCAGUAAGCUUGGCCAAAGCACCAGUGCAUCAAAUUCAAUAUAUGGUAAAAAGAUAAAAGCGAUGAAGAAGAUCAGGAAAUAGUUUUCCUAGCAAGAACAUUAAAUUUCAAUCUUCUUAUCUGUAAAUGUUUGGAAACCAGAGACACUAUUUGAGGAAUAUUACAAUACAGUUUGUAAACAGCCUGGGGGUAGGUGGCAUAGUUAACUUCUGAGUAAUGUGUGAUGCUUUAGUAACAUAAGGGUGAAAAGGAAGGGAUCUGGACAAGAGACUAAUCUGGCUUUCAUUUAGUUAACAUUAAAGUAAUUUGGUAUUUCCAACCCUAUUGGAACUGUAUAAAAUGAGAAAAGUAUAUAAAGAUGGUAUACAGAGUUACUGCUCCGAAUGAGAUGCUUUUUAUUAAAUAAGUGCAAGAGUUUCAGGUUUGCAGUGACCAAGAGCAACUUUUAAGAAACUGGUUGUCGUUGAGUAUAAACCAUUCAUGGCAAUCUUUUCCUGUAGUAUUUGCUUGAAAAAAUGCAGUUGGUGUUGGAAACUGUCCUAGGACUGGCAAAGAAUAGGAAGCAUAAGGCUCAAUACCAGUAAGGAACAGCUACUCCACAGACCCAUGAACUGAUCUGGGAAAAAUGGAUGUUUCCAGCUAGACUUUCAAGACAGCUUUGUAUCCAUAGUGACAUAGUUUUUGCCCACGUGCUUUUGCUUAUGCCAGUAAUACUUUUGCAGUACUGUAAAAUUUUUUUAGAAGUUUGUAAAUAUGUAAAAUGAGGAUAAAAUAUGGAAAACUUGUGUACCAAAAUGGUAUCAAAUGUGAGAGAUAAAUGCUGUUUAAUGAGAAGCUGUUAAUAAAAUGCUGCUUCGAAAAAGUGUGCAUGGGGAAUGUGUUGAAUAUUCUGUGUGUUUAGAAACUGUAAUUGCAGUAAAUUAUCCAAAUUAUUGUAUUAUGUUGUUGAACUUGGAAUAUGGAUAUGGAAUAUGAAGCAAAACUAACAUUUUACUUCAAGCAGAAGUUUAGGGCUGA